CUCAUUGAGGUGUUUGUGGUUCCUUCUGUCCAGGUGUGGGAGCUGUCCUCAGGUGAGCUGCUCCUGUCCAUCCUGUUUGAUGUGGAGAUCAUGUCCGUGACCUUUGACCCCUGUGAGUACUUCCUCUUCUGUGGAGGCAGUGACGGCAACAUUUUCCAGGUGUCUCUGUGCAGCCAGAGUCUCAGUCGGGACAAAUCCUUCACAUCUGACAACGACGGGAACCAAGUCUUCAAAGGACACAGGAAUUUGGUCACAUGUCUGUCUGUGUCGAUGGACGGGACUCUCCUCCUGUCGGGGUCACAUGACGAGACGGUUCGACUCUGGGACAUCCAAAGCAAACAGAGUGUCCGCUGCCUGUCUCACAAAGGUAAGCCCCCGCCCCCUCUUCAAUCUGUCCUUUAUAAACUUCAAACUCCAGCCUUAUCUGUCCUUUAUAAACUUCAAACUCCAGCCUUAUCUGUCCUUUAUAAACUGCAAACUCCAGCCUUAUCUGUCCUUUAUAAACUUCAAACUCCAGCCUUAUCUGUCCUUUAUAAACUGCAAACUCCAGCCUUCAAUCUGUCCUUUAUAAACUGCAAACUCCAGCCUUAUCUGUCCUUUAUAAACUUCAAACUCCAGCCUUAUCUGUCCUUUAUAAACUUCAAACUCCAGCCUUAUCUGUCCUUUAUAAACUGCAAACUCCAGCCUUCAAUCUGUCCUUUAUAAACUGCACACUCCAGC